UUGCUAUUUCCGAGCUGGCUGGGAGGAUCCCAGUCGCAGCAGCCGCAGGCAGCAGCGCGGCAUUGUCGGGUACCGCGUUGUCACCGGCAUCCUUUGCCCUUCCCGCUCGCCUCGGCCCCACCGGGGCUACCUUGGCCUGUCACCUCACCGCCAUCCCACCGCGUCCCGGCAGCCCCCCGGCACGGCCAGGAGCGCAGCCCCUCCGGCCAUGGAGCUGCUUUCCACCCCCAAAAACAUCGAGAUCAACAACAUCACCUGCGACUCCUUCCGCAUCUCCUGGGCCAUGGAGAAGGGGGACCUGGAGAGGGUCACCCACUACUUCAUCGACCUCAACAAGAAGGAGAACAAGAACUCCAACAAGUUCAAGCAUCGGGAUGUCCCCACCAAGCUGGUGGCCAAAGCGGUGCCGCUGCCCAUGACGGUGCGGGGCCACUGGUUCCUGAGCCCCCGCACCGAGUACAGCGUGGCGGUGCAGACGGCGGUGAAGCAGAGCGACGGCGAGUACCUGGUGUCCGGCUGGAGCGAGACGGUGGAGUUUUGUACCGGGGAUUACGCCAAGGAGCACCUGGCCCAGCUGCAGGAGAAAGCCGAGCUGAUCGCCGGCCGUAUGCUGCGCUUCUCCGUCUUCUACCGCAACCAGCACAAAGAGUAUUUCCAGCACGUCAGGAUGCACUGCGGGAACGUGAUGAAGCCCUCGCUGAAGGACAACAGCGGCAGCCACGGCUCGCCCACCAGCGGCAUGCUGCACGGCAUCUUCUUCAGCUGCAACACCGAGUUCAACACCGGGCAGCCCCCCCAGGACUCCCCCUACGGCCGGUACCGCUUCCAGAUCCCGGCUCAGCGUCUCUUCAACCCCAACACCAACCUCUACUUCGCGGACUUCUACUGCAUGUACACCGCCUACCACUACGUGGUCCUGGUCCUGGCACCCAAGGGUUCCUCGGGGGAUCUCUUCUGCCGGGAGCGUCUACCCCAGCUGGACAUUUCCUCCAACAAGUUCCUGACGUGCUGCGUGGAGGAGGGCGAGCUGGUGUACCGCCAUGCCCAGGACAGCAUCCUGGAGGUCAUAUACACCGAGCCGGUGGACCUCAGCCUGGGCGUGCUGGGGGAGAUCAGCGGGCACCAGCUGAUGAGCCUCUCCACCGCCAACGCCAAAAAGGACCCCAGCUGCAAGACGUGCAACAUCAGCGUGGGGCGUUAAGGCUGGGGGGCCUGGCAGGGCCGGGGAGGGGGACGGGAAGCGGCCGGGGGGGGUGGGUUUCACCCAUGGACGUUGCCGGGUGGAGGACGCGGAUGGGUGCGGGGGACCCGGCCGGGGGAAACAGCGGCGUUGCCCGUGUCCCUGCCCGCCGGGGGAAGGAGCCGGCGGGACCCUCGCCCAGCGCGGAGGCAGAGCCCGCGCCGCCCUGCGCCCCCAAGGAAGGAGCCUUCAUCUCCUGGACUGGCCGACCAGCAUCAUCCUCGCCGGGGUGAGCCCCGCGCUCCGCCGCCGCGGGACCCCCUUCCCCUCCGCCGCCCCCCGCAUCCCCCCCGGUUCCCGCUACACCAGGGCUGGCCCCCCCCCCUCGCCAUCCCCGUUCCCCCCCGGGGGGUUCGGUGGAGGGGCUGGAAGCACCCCCCCGGUUUUGAACUGCUCCCAGGGACGGAGGGGUGCUCGGGCAGGGACCCCUCCCCGCCUCCCGCCGGCGCCACUUUGGGGCUGCAGUGUCCGCAGUGGUGUGUGUGUGUGGGGGGGAUGCUGGCGGUGUACCCCCCCUCCGGCCCCGUGUCGUGUUCGCUCUCUGCUCUAGCCAUCGCUGUGUGCCGCCCGAACCCCCGGCCCCGCGGCCCAGGAGGCAGCCGGAGGAGCCGGGGCCGGGGGGAGAGCGGAGCUGAGCCCCCCCCUCC